AUGGAAAAAUUUCUUUUAUCAAAAGAACCCCUUGAUAUUGUUAGAAUCUCUACAGCUUUGUAUACACGAGUAGAACAUGGUGAAUGGACUGGUGUUCUCGAAAAGGAGGUGGAGAAUUUUAUGAAUGUCCUAGAAAGAGUUUUGAAAAAAGUCCCCUCAGGUGAUGUUGAACGGAAAAAGAAGCUUCAAAGUUUUGGUACAGGAAAAAAAUUAGCGAAACGGGUUGCAAGCGCAUUCGAAGAUUUAUGCUCUCUAACAGAAAUGAAGGCUCUGGUAAUUGAUGCCGAGACAUGGUCUGAUGAUGCGAAUGCAAAUUUGCGGCGUUUGAAACGUGACGUUGGACAACUUAUAAAAGAGAGCACCGGUUAUGAGAAAGCUAUGUGGGAAAGAAUAGAAAUGGAAUUAGGAAAAAUAAAUGUCGAAAGCCUUGGAUUUGAUCAUCCGAUAUGCUCUGGGGUACUUGAUAUUAAAUCAGUACCUUUUACAAAGAUGCCCGGAUCACUUUGUGAUAUUUUUAAGGAGCCUUUCGAGAAAUACAAGCUAGAUCAUAAUGAUAUGUUAAUGAAUACUUGUAAAGAGGUUAUACAUAAUGAGGAGUCGAAGAUAAAUUUAGACGAAGAAUUGUGUGAUGCCGAAUUUGGAAAAUGGUUAGAUAGUUCUGAAAGGCUUCGAGAAACAACGAGACGAAUAUUAGAAUCUUUGUUUAAGGUUUGGAAAUCGCCUAAGUAUGAAGCCUAUACAAAGAAAGGAAAAUCUGUUAAUGAAGGAUCAUAUGUCUGUGAAGUACUUGCACCAUUAAUAAAUAUAGUAAUGAGUGAUUUACCCGGAAAUCCUGUUGUAUGGGAUAUAUGGGGUGAAGAGGGGAGUUCGGCUAGUACUGUACGAAAAGGAUCUCGCAAGUUUGCACGAAAACCUGAUUAUAUGACCAUAACGCAAUUAGGAAAAGAUGCAGAACUUGAAAUAGUAUACCUUGAAACUGGCAGACCAAAUUCCAGUCAAGAUAAACGCCGGCGAGAUCAUAAAAAAUUAAUUCGAUUUUCCAAGGAUUCUAUUGAUACUACUAGGAUUUUAUCGAAGCUUAAAAGAAUAUUCAAACAAUCGUCCAAGAGGCAGAAUUUGGCUAUAUUUGCUAUUAACAUCGCAGGCGAUAAUAUAGAACUUUAUGCUAUGCGUAGAGAGUCGGGUAUUUACAAGUACUGUCUAAUAGAGGAAGCAACAAUUCCAUUACAUAUGACUUCGCCAAGUGCCGUAUACCCACUUAUACAUACUUUGAUGACUCUGAGAACAGCCGUCGCAUGUACAAUCCAUAAGAUAUUAUAUAAUUCUGAUUCUGGGUAUAGUGAGCAUAGUUCUGGUGAAAUGACAACAACUGUAGCGACUCCUUAG